GCCCCACCCCCUCCGGAGAGACUUUAAAGUUGUCAGACAUGUUCCAAAGGGGAGCACGUCAAACGAUGACACAGGACCUGGCCGUGUCAGGAAGCAUGGCACACACAGACUGCAUGACACCUGCGGAGCCCAGCGCACACAGAGGCACCAUGAGGAAAAACUGGAGGAACAGGAUAAGACUUUUCCUGAAAACCAACCCGUCCAAGUCAAUAUUGCACUUAAUGCAAAACAGAUCCUACAGGCCAAGCACUGAUGACGUGAACCAAUGGGCGCAGUCGCUUGACAAACUCCUCGGUCAUAAAUAUGGCAAAACUGUGUUUUGUGCUUUCCUGAAGUCGGAGUUCUGUGAGGAGAACAUUGAGUUUUGGAACGUCUGUGAGGAUUUCAGGAGCCUCAAGUCGCAAAAGGAGCGCGUGUCUAAGGCCAGUAAGAUUUACGAGGAGUUCAUCAAAAACGAAGCCCCUAAAGAGAUAAACCUGGAUUUCAAAACUAGGAACGCGAUCACGCAGAGCCUCCAGGAGCCGAGUGCCACCACCUUCCAGGCAGCUCAGCAGAAGGUUCACAGCCUCAUGGAGAACAACUCGUACCCACGCUUCAUCCAGUCCGAGCUCUACAAAGAACUGUGUGCAGCUGCCAGAGGGGAGAGCAGGCACAUUUAGUCCUAGUCAAACUAGACACCCACCCCUGAAGUCAUUUGUUUACUGCGGUGACGGAGGGAAUAGAACACGGAUAAUGUUCACUCCAGGCACCGCUGCAGAAUAAUGGGCCUUCAUGCAAAUCCUGGGCACAAUCAUUAACGGCCAGUGUGGAAAAUGUAAAACUGAAGCCAUUUUUAGCGUCCGUCACUAAUGAGUCCAACUUCGUUGGAUGAUCGGAUGGUUGGUGCAGGUUGCACUGCAGGCGCUAACGGAGCAUUCGGGCCAAAUCGGACCCCGGCCGGUUUCCUUCGCUGGGCCGUCACCUGAGCGUUCUCGGCCUUUACAGAUUGGUCUUAACUUAUGCAGCCUGUGCUGAUGUGAGGGAGCGCUGAGAGGCCUGUCAUGUUACACGGUGUCGACGCACAGCCUCAUUAACUUGAACUUGUACAGUUGUAUAGACACUGAAUUCACCAAGUGGCCUUAUUGUAUUAAUUAAAAUAGUUUAAAUAAAUGUAAAUAUUUCAUGUUAAAUAACAAUAUUCACAAUUCCCACUGUGACUGCAUCAUGUGUUGUAUACAAUAUAGAUUGUACGAUGUGCUGAAUGUGAAUUUAAGUGUGAGGCAGCUGGACUGCCAAAUAAAAUGUGUAAAGCAGUA